AGACAUCGUCCAGGCACUAGGUAGACUUAGAUUUUAGGAAAAUAUGGAAAUAUUCGUUAAAAAGCAUCGCAAUACUGAAAAGGAUCAUGAAUUUUUCACGGUCAAUGAACCACUCGAUGGAGGAAACAGAUGGGCGAUGAUUGGGUGUAUGGCGGGAAAAGUGUUGAUUCAACACGGCGUCAUAACUGAAGCAAUGAAACUCAGAAUGGUGGAGGAAUGGGCUUCUACUGAAUUUGUAUCCGAAAAGCAAGCAAAGAUAACAUUGAUCUGUGAAGCUCUGAGAUUCAUUGGUUACAGCCCGAACAACCGAGACAAUUAUGAAUUUGGCGAGGAUUCUACCUUCGAAUGUUGUGCCAUCUGUACUGUAAGAAUCAUCCCUAACGAUUCCUGGAUGCGCUUCGUGCGUCUCUAUCUCAAGUUGAGUGAGGAUGUGAUCGAGAGAGUCAAACUGGAAGGAAAACUCACUGAAGAGCAGAAGUUGCAGAUCGCAAACUUUGCGAUAUCGAACUAACAAGGACAGCUUCAGAAGAUAAGAAGGAUUAUGAGUUAUGAUAAGAAA